UCGAAUCCACUGUAAGAAAUCUGUCAACACUCACCAUUGAUGAUUUUUGCUGUAAUUUUUUUGAUAAAAAUUUUUGCACAUCGAUUCUCUGCCUUGCCUUAUUUCGUCCCAAAAUCAAUCGAAGGAUCAUCAUGUCCGGGAGAAAUGAAGACGUUUUUGACAAUUGGGAAGAAAUAGACGAAGUGGAGUUAACUUCCAAACUAAAUCAACUGAAACGGGAAUCGAAUUUACAAUCAGCAGCUCCACAUUUGAAUGGCAAUCAGGGUGCCGUCAAAAUGAUGCUUUUGAAUGAUGUUGACGAAAGACUCAGCACGUAUGGACCCGCAGAACCAACUGUAAAAAUCCUUAAACGUCCUACGCUGGAACAACACAGUAGAUCGACGACAGACAUGAAACCAAAGGCUCCAGUGAAGUCGCUGCGACAAAGGGAACACGAAUACGCACAGGCCCGACUACGGAUAUUGGGGUCCGCAAAGAGUCCCGAAGAGAUAACCGAUCCAAGCACUGAGGUUCUCGGCAAAACAAACUCAUCCUUAGACAAUAGUAGAAAAAGUUCGUACAGUAAUGGGAUGGUAGGACAAAGUUCGUCGUCAGAUCUAACACAAAAUCAGCGUCCACCAGACGGUAUAAUACGUUUACCAAGAGGUCCGGAAGGCGGUGCAGGUUUUUUAAUUAGGCGGUAACCCGAAUUUCGUAAUUAAUCAACGGUAAAAAAUUUCAUAUUUUUAAUAACUUUUUUUUUUCUCUUUUUUUUAUUAUUGUAAAUCAAUUAGACCUAAGUAUUUAUGCAGAUUGUGCUUGCAACAAUAUUGCCGAUUGGAAGUAUAUAUUAUAAUGAAAUAAAAGCGAUGGUUCCAUAA